AUGAGGGUUGAAGUGAUCAACAAGGAAACAAUUACACCAUCAUCUCCUACUCCUCACCACCUUACAACUUCCAACCUUUCUGUUUUUGAUCAGUUUUUACCGGACUUGUAUGUCCCCCUACUUCUCUUCUAUCCCAACAAUAGUACUACUAAUCAAAAGGGCAAUACAGUUGAUCACCACUACUCAUUGAUUACCGAAAGAUCCAAGCUUCUGAAAACUUCAUUAUCUAAAGCCCUCAGCCGCUUCUAUCCUUUCGCAGGAAGAAUAUUUAGCCACAACAACAUUCUUUCAAUCUGUUGCAAUGACCAUGGUGAGGCAUUUAUCCAAACCAGUGUCAAUUGUCCCAUAUCAAAGGUUUUGGAAAAGCCCCAUGAUGGAAUAGUAAAUCAAUUACUUCCAAAUGGCAUAGAAUCAACAUUUGAAAGCACAGGCUACCUCCUACUAGUCCAAGCCAACUUUUUUGAAUGUGGCGGAAUUGCAAUUGGGAUUAGCAUUUCACAUAAGAUCGCAGACGGCUUCACACUCGGAACAUUCAUAUGUAGCUAG